AGGUCUCUGACGUCAUUACUGGAUGCUCCUGCUAAGCUGCACAUCGUGUAACGUUCAGGAACAACAUUCGCGGUGGAGCAUUUAAACGUAAACAUUGAAGAGCAACGCGAGGAGCAUUUAUUGCGGAAGCUGCAAGUGCGCAAUCAGCGGGUCAGGUGUGAUCUACACAAAAAUGAAUUCCCAAAUCCGCCAAAACUUCAACCAGGACUGUGAAGCUGCCAUCAACAGACAGAUAAACUUGGAACUGUAUGCUUCCUAUGUUUAUCUUUCCAUGGCCUACUAUUUUGAAAGGGACGAUAAACAUUUACCCAAUUUUGCUAAGUUCUUUAACUCCCAGUCCAAAGAGGAGCGAGAGCAUGCAGAGAAGCUGAUGAGUCUGCAGAACAAGCGUGGAGGCCGGAUUUUUCUGCAAGACAUCAAAAAACCCGAUAGGGAUGAAUGGGGCAGCAGCCUAGAGGCUUUGGAGUGUGCCCUGCAGCUGGAGAAAAGUGUAAACCAAUCCUUACUUGACCUUCAGAAAUUGGCUACAGAUCAUGGCGAUCCUCAUAUGUGUGACUUCAUUGAAACCCACUUUCUGGAUGAGCAGGUGAAGUCCAUCAAACAACUGGCAGACUGGAUCUCAAACCUGCGGCGAAUGGGAGCCCCUCAGAACGGCAUGGCUGAAUAUCUCUUCGACAAACACACCAUGGACAAGGAGGCCAGUUAAAUCCGAACGGCGGCGUCCACAAUGCAUGCAGGCUGCACUCAUUUGCUGGGAGUUUGGAAGUUCCUGUGUUAAUGCUUCAUAUAAAUAAUAGAAGGUCUACCUAAAUAAAAGCAAUACAAACCUUUAAAUCAAAGCUGCUUAUGUAUUAUUUAGAAUAUUUUGUGUCUCGAGCAGUACCUGUUUGGGAGCUGCACUGCCAAGAAAUAUAUUCAUGUGAUGAACAUAAAUGUAAUGGAGAAAUGCAAUAAUAAUAAUAAAACAGAAUUAUCAGGAAAUAAAAA